AUCUUUGCUCCGAUGACGUCAUGCUAUGUCCGAAACGCGGAAACAUGAAGUUUCGAUUUAAAACGAGGCAAAAAUGGACCUAAGUUGCACCAGCUGUCAUAUAAAUUGUUGUAUUUUCUGUAUGAUUGCCAGAGGUGAAGACCAAGAUGCGCAAGUUUUAAAAAGGGAUGAAAAGAUGGUGUGUUUCCGAGACAUUUUCCCAGCCGCCCCUCAUCACUACCUGGUCGUUCCCGUCGAGCACAUAGUCAACUGCUUCUCACUGCAUGAAGGACACAUCACACUAGUGGAAAAGAUGGUUGAAAUGGGGAGAGACGUACUGCGGGAUCAAGGAGUCGCAGACAUGACGGAUAUUGCGAUUGGUUUCCAUCAACCUCCAUACAUUUCAGUGGAACACCUCCACCUCCAUGUUCUUGCCCCGGCCAGUGAGAUCCAGGAAAACAUGAUAUUUAAGUUCAUACCUGGAACCCCGUCCUUUGUAGAUGUGAGUGACAGGCCGCUCAAGAUAGGCGACUGGUUUCCUGUGUCCAUUGCACAUUAUUUAAAAUGUGGGAUUUUGUAUAAUUCUCAUUCUUUAUUUGUUUUUGUUUUUUUCUAG